AUGCCAUACAACAAAGAUCGCCUGUACGUUGCCCUCUACGUCCGCGGAAGCAAGGCCACCAUGCCUGGGAAGGAAGACACUUAUCAUUGGGCCUUACACAUCGGAUUCAAAGGUCCCACCGAACCGAACCUAGGAGCCCGCUAUCAUGCCAAAGAGCGACUCACCGUGGAAGGCAAAUCCGAGUUCAUCUUCGAAGAAAGCGAGGUCUCGCCGCAGAUGGUACUUGUGCGCAUCGCGAUUGCGAAGAUCAUGGAUAAAGACCGUGCAGUCGAGCUUCUUCGCGAAGCCCUGGAUGCGCUGAAUGCCGAUUCGCGAGCACUGGGCACACGGAUCCUCGACUGGGAGAGUGUUCGCGAUGCGGCGAUGGAGUAUUGUCAGCGGAAGAAGGACCAGCAUCGGUUUGAUGGGAAGGGGGAUUUCAAUAUGGGUGUUAUUCCCACGUAUGACCUGAUGGUGGGGAGGGAGCUUGCUGUUUGA